AUGUCAGAGAGUCAUAUAACCAAUAUAUCAACAAAUGGGUAUAAAGAUAAAACAAUAUCCAUGUAUUAUCAAAAUGAAUGUGAAAAAAAUGAAUAUAAUAAAUAUGUUUUAGAUAUUUAUAAUGUGAACUGUCGAAAUAUUACAAGAGAGAAUAAUAUAUCAAAGGGUGAUCAGGAAAAAAUUCAAAAAAAUUAUAUUUUAAACACUUUAGAAGAUGUAGCAAAUAUAUAUAAUAUGCAAAAUAAAAAUGAUGAAAAUGGUAAAUUACAAAAUCAAAAUGAUGGAAAUGGUAAAUUAGAAAAGGGAAUGAAUGGAUAUACUAAAUCUAAGUCUGUAAAGAAACUAAAAGGAAAGGUUCUUACUAAAGAUUCUAUUAGUAGAGACAAUUUUAGUAUCACAAAUGAGAAAAUAGAAAAUAAAUUCGUAGAUAAUAAUAAUAAGAAUAACAAUAAUAAUAGUGGAAAUGUGUGCACAUCUAAUUGUGGAAUAAAUAACAUUGUUGAUGGAAAUGUUGAUAAUAAAAUUUUGAAAUAUUAUGAUAACAUAAAUAAUAAUCAGGUAUCCAAUAAUUUAUUAAGAAGCAAUGAAAAUCUUUUUAAUACAAAAAUCGAAAUGAAUAACCCAGUAUUACAUAUAGUUGGCAAUGUUGGGAAUGUUGGCAAUGUUGGUAGUAUUAACAGCAUUGGCAGCGUUGGCAGCGUUGGCAGUGCUAGUAACAGUUUAAUUCAGUCGGGAAAUGUAGGAAACGUGGGAAACGUGGGAAACUACAAUAGUAGUGACAUUAGCCAAGGGGGUGGUGGGAAUAAUAAUAAUCGAGAGGGUUCAAAUAAAGUAUCUCCUUAUAGAUUAAAUAGUGUUAAUUUAAAUAUGCUAAAUAAAAAAUAUAAUUAUAAUAUGAAUAGUGGGAAUGGAAAUACAAAUGUUUUAAAGCUUAUAUAUAGAAACGAUCAACAUCCAAAUAUUAAGAAUGGGGAUAGUCCAUUAUAUUUAAUAAAUGGUGAAUAUAAUAAAAAUAUGAACAGAAAUAACACAAGUAGCAAUAGUACUAAAAGUAGUAGUAACCAUAGUACUAAUAGUAUUCUAAGUUUUAGAGGUGUUAAUAAUAAUGAAAAAAAUUCUAAUAAUUUGAAAAAUUUAGUAAAUAAAGAUAAUUAUGGAUAUGUAGAACCGAUACAAAAUUCUUUUGAAUCAUUUCGACCAAUAAUAAAUCCAAUAGCUCAAGGAAAAAAUAUAAAAAAUGUUGGAAAUUUAAAGCAUUCUAAUAAUGUAUCACAAACAUUUAAAAUUAAUAAUAAUGAAAAUGUAAGAAAUGUAGGAAUGCAUAUGGUCCCUAACGGGGUAAGAAGUGGCGUCAUAAGUGGUGGUGUGAAUGGCGUCGUGAGUGGUGGUGUGAAUGGGGGCGAUAUGGGCAUCUAUAUAAAUUCCAAACAUCCAAGCAUGUGUAGUUUAGAUUCCAAAAAUAACUAUAAUCGUGAAAUGGCUAGUUCAAAAAAUCAACAAAAUAAUAUUGGAACUGAUUUUGAAGGGAAUUAUAAAAGCGCAAAAGAUAUGAUGCCUUUACAUGAUAAUAAUAUGAGUCAACAUAAAUUGGUAGAUGGUAAAAUAAAAAUAAUGCAUCCAAGAGAUGGAAAAGUUAUGGCAGAUUCGGUUAGAAGCGAUGCCAAUAAUGGUGGCAAUGGCAGUGGUGGUAGUGGCGAGGUGAAUAGAGUUGUAAACAUGGUGGGAAAAAUAAAACCCAAUUUUGUAAUUCCAAAGAAUGUGAAUAUAAACCCGAAUAACAAUUUUAGUGAAUAUCAAAGAGAAAUACAUAAUAGUAAAAUAAUAAAAAUGAAUAAUAAUAUAUCGAAUAUAAAAAAUGAUAUUGUUAAUGAUAUAAAUAGUUAUAUGUAUGGUAAUAAAUUAAAUAUAGAUAUUAGAAAUGACAGUAAAACAAUGAUGAAAGAUAUAAAAAAAAAUAGAAGAGAAUAUUUAGUUGAACCAUAUAAAAAAAUAAAUCAAGAUAAUUAUCAUAUUGUAAAAAAUAUAUUAUUUAAUAGAAAUUUGAUUCAUCCUCAAAUUGUUAAUGGAUCAUAUAUUUCUAAUUGUAAUAUAAGACGAAAUAGUAAUAGUAGUGUUGCAAGUAAUUUGUCUAAUAAUAGUAAUAUGAUUAAUUAUGGUAAUAUAUUUUAUUUAGAUAAUAAAGUUGGAUUUAAAAAUGUUUUAAAACCGAACAGUCAAUUAUAUAAAGAUAUUUCCAUUUUAAAUAACACAAAAAAUAAGAAUCCAAAUGAAUUAUUAAAAAAAAAAAAAAAAAAAAUAAUAACAAAAUAUGAAGUAAAAUAUUUUUUAGUAAAUACAGUAAAAGCUAUAGGAUGUGUAUUAAAAAAAUGGAAAACGAAAAAAAUGGGAAUUUAUUUUUGGUUUCAUAUACAAUGUAUAGAAUCUGAAAAAGAUUUAGAUUUUUAUAUUAACAUUUUUAAUUUUUUAUUUGAAAUAAUAACAGGGAAAAAUAUUUAUUAUCAACAUAAUAAUAUAAAUAAUAUAAUAAAUAUAUUUAAGGAAUUUAUUUUAUAUGAUUGUAAACAUAUUUUUAAAAAAAUUAUCAAAAUAUUAAAUAAUUAUGCAAAAAAAAAUUCAAAACAUUUUUCUAUUUUUGGAAAUUUAAAAGAAGAUUUAUUAAAUGUUAAUAAAUCUUUAUUACUAAAUGAAUCUGAACAAAAAUCUUUUCUUACAUCAUCAGAUAAUUUGAUACCAUCUACUAGUCAGCAAGUUCAAAAUGAUGUAAAUAAUUUUGAAAAUCAAGAUAAUAAAAAAAAUAAUUUCUUAGAAUAUUUAUUUAAUUCGAUAAAAGAUAAUUAUUACUCUCUUGAAAAAAACAACACCGGAAAAUUAUAUUUAUCUAACAUGUUUUCAGGUUUUAGUGAAUUAAAUUAUAACGAAAUAUUUAAUGUGUUUUUAAAGCAGCCAAAUUAA